AUGAGCGGCUACCAGAAUGGAGAGCGGCCCGCCCGCGCCAUCGACGACGACAGCGACGUCGAGGAGGAGGCCCUUGUCAACGACUACAAGGAGCAGGUCCAGUACGAGGACAACAUCGGCGAUGACCUUGAGCAGUCCAGCUCCCUCACCAUGGCUCAGCAGACGGACGACAUCCAGUCGCGCCUCGCCGCCGCCGCCCAGCCCCUCGACUUCUCCGCGCCCCUCGAGGUCAAGUUCCAGAGCUACGACUCGUACUGCAGUCUUUUCCACUUCAUCCUGAACAGUGAGGGUCCCGUCGACCUCGAGCCACCCUCGUAUUACUGGGCAUGGGACGUCAUCGACGAGUUCAUCUACCAGUUCAACUCCUUCUCCUCCUACCGCAUGCGCAUCGCCCGCCAGGGCAACAACGAGGAGGAGAUGCAGGUCCUCAAGGAGAACCCCAACACCUGGGGCUGCUACUCGGUCCUCAACGUCCUCUACUCGCUCAUCCAGCGCUCCCAGAUCACCGAGCAGCUGGCCGCCAUGCGCCGCAACGAGGACCCCAUGGCCGUCGCCGGCGAGUACGGCAACAAGAACCUGUACCGCAUGCUGGGCUACUUCUCCAUCAUCGGCUUGUUGCGCGUGCACUGCCUGCUCGGCGACUUCAGCCUCGCCCUCAAGACGCUCGACGACAUUGAGCUCAAUAAGAAGGCCAUGUUCGCCCGCGUCAUGGCCGCCCACUUCACCACGUACUACUACGUCGGUUUCUCCUACAUGAUGAUGCACCGCUACGCCGAUGCCAUCAAGAUGUUCAGCCACAUCCUGGUCUACGUCUCCCGCACCAAGAACUUCCAGAAGAACGCCCAGUACGACUCCAUCACGAAGAAGAACGACCAGAUGUACGCCCUCAUCGCCAUCUGCGUCGCCUUCCACCCCACCCGCCUCGACGACACCAUCCACUCGGCUCUGCGCGAGAAGUACGGCGACCAGCUCCUCAAGCUCCAGCGCGGCGGCCCCGAGUCCCUGCCCAUCUUCGAGGAGCUCUUCCGCUCCGCCUGCCCCAAGUUCAUCUCCCCCGUGCCCCCCGACUUUGAGAACCCCGAGUCCAACAUCGACCCCGUCGAGCACCACCUGGCCGUCUUCAUGGAGGAGGUCAAGGUCAACAUGUGGAGCCCCACCGUCAAGUCCUACCUCCGCCUGUACACCACCAUGGACCUCAAUAAGCUGGCCGGCUUCCUCGAGGUCAAGCCCGACGAGCUCCGCUCCUGGCUUCUCGUCAACAAGCAGCGCACCAAGCAGCUGCGCUGGACCGACCACCCCAGCCUGCUCGACGGCGACCUCGUCAACAUCAGCGACCUGGACUACGCCAUGCAGGGUGAUCUCAUUCACAUCUCGGAAGCCAAGGUGGGCCGCAAGCUGGUGGACUGGUACCUCCGCAACCUGUCCCGCACGUACGCUUGA